CACUGAACCAAUCACUGCAUGUGUUGCAUUUCAUGCAUACAUGUUGAACUGUGUCACUGUUAGUGCUGCAGUCUUCUGAUCACGGGCUGUAAGUGAGUUUACUUCGUUGGUUGCUGUUUUUAGGACUGUAGAGAUGGAUCCACAGAAAGACGUGCAGCCACCCAAACAGCAACCUAUGAUCUACAUUUGUGGAGAAUGUCACACUGAAAAUGAAAUUAAAGCCAGAGAUCCAAUCCGAUGCAGAGAAUGUGGUUACAGAAUAAUGUACAAGAAGAGAACAAAAAGACUGGUUGUGUUUGAUGCUCGCUGAAUUCUGAAGUCUAACGGUUCCUUCUAAUAGAAGAUGAAUCCUGUUUUCACCUUUUCCUGUUUAAUUAAAUUUUAGUUUGAACAUAGUUCAGUUGCAUCGUUGCUUUUCGUAAGAAAAAUGUAAAUGAUUGCUUAAGUUUGUAAUAAAAAAACCAACAUGAGUGGUA